UGUAGAGUUACAGUAAAGUUACAGGAAUCAACCUUUAUGACAACGACCUUUCUCCCAUCGACCUUACUCCCAUCGACCUCAACAUUCCAUCGCAAACCCAAUAAGGCCCCAAUGAAGCAAUCCUAGACACUCCAACAAAGACAUUUUCAGUAAUGGCGCCACCGCCCCCGUCCACAAGAGAUGCCUCCCUCCUCUCCCCAUCUCACUACGACGACGACGCCUCCAGCCUCCACAGCGAACGCAGCGACCAAGAAACGGACAGCGAAGACGAUGAAGUCCUCCUCGGCGCACGCACUUCUGCCGAUAUCCGCGCUCACGAUAGAAACGUAUUACUAGAAGAAGAAGAACGCGAUAAAUUGCUCGAAGAUAGUAGACGAAGGGGGAGACGAGGAAGCGCUCUCGCUGCGAUACGGAAUCCGCUGAAGGGACUGGGAUUGUUCUCGAAGAGUUACGCGGAAUUGCCGUUGGUGGGAGCGGACUCGAGAUCAGGAUCAAUUGGUGCUACGAAGGAAAUGCAGGAAGUUGGGUUGGCCGGGAGUUCAGAGAAGCAGGUGAAGAGGAAAAGGAGGAGGGAGAGGAGGAGGGAGAAGAAGAAGAGGUUAUUGGGCGAGGCAGAAAGGGGUGAGGAUGGAGCACUGAUGUAUGAGAUGGAGGAGGGCGGAUUGAAGGAGGGAAGCAUAACGGGUGCGAGCAGCGAGACGGAGGGGAGUGAUGAGAUCGACCGACGGGGGCUGCGGGGGCUACAUGACGAUAAAGUGAAGAGGAGGAGGAGCUGGCGGAGAUGGUGUUUCAUCCAUCUACUGAUUGCAGUUGGAUUUUCUAUAUUGGUCCUGGGCGCAUGGAAGCUCUCGCUACAUCGGAAAAGUGCUAUACCAGUACAAGCAAUGCUUAGCAAUGGCUCAGCGUUAUUUGCGCCAACGACCGUUUUGAUAAGCCUGGAUGGAUUCCGGGCGGAUUUCUUGAAGAGGGGAAUUACACCGAGGCUCACUUCCUUCAUCGAGGAGGGCGUGUCGCCGAUAUAUAUGAACCCCAGCUUUCCUUCGGUCACAUUCCCAAAUCACUAUACUCUGGUCACAGGUCUUUAUCCCGAAUCGCAUGGUAUUGUUGGGAAUACGUUCUGGGAUGCAGAUCUGAAGGAAGAAUUCUUCUAUACGAAUCCAAAUGCAAUGCAGCCCAAGUGGUGGGGUGGAGAACCUUUAUGGGUGACAGCUGAGAAUCAGGGCAUCAGGACUGCUAUUCACAUGUGGCCUGGCAGUGAAGCGCAUAUCAUGGAUAUUGCCCCUGCAUUUUUGGACAAGUACAAUGGACAAGAGCCAUUGAGUAACAAAGUCAGCAGGAUUUUGGAGUUACUGGAUAAGCCUGGAAUGGAGAACCAAUUGGCCGAAGUUGUGAGCAUGAGACCACAGCUCAUUGCUGCUUAUGUCCCUAAUGUUGACUCUGACGGACACCGAUAUGGACCAAACAGUACCGAAAUUCGGGUCACGAUCAACGAUGUUGAUACCAUGCUGGAUCACUUGUUCAAAGGGUUGGAAACAAGAAAUUUAACGAGCAUUGUCAACGUCGUGGUAGUUUCGGAUCACGGCAUGGCUACUACUGACAUCUCACGCCUAAUCCAACUGGAGGAUCUUAUUGACACCAGCCUGAUCGAACAUACAGACGGAUGGCCAUUGUACGGUCUCCGCCCAAAGAAUCCCGCUGAUCUUCAUCCUCUUUACGACAGGCUCUUAAAACAAACAGCAACUAACCCUGGAUUCGAGGUCUUUCUAAGAGACAAGACCAUGCCUGAGAGAUAUCACUUCUCCAAAAACGAACGCAUUGCUCCCCUUUGGAUCGUUCCUAAAACCGGCUGGGCGAUUGUCACGAAAGAAGAAUUCAAUGUAGCAGAUGGGCUCGAAAAGGGGCUUACUUACAGCCCCCGGGGCUUGCAUGGCUAUGAUCAUGAGCAUCCUCUGAUGAGAGCUAUCUUCAUUGCAAGAGGGCCAGCCUUCCCUCAUGCGCCUAACAGUCGUGUUGAGCCAUUUCAAAAUAUUGAAGUUUACAACAUUGUCUGCGACUCUUUGAACAUUGUUCCGAAACCAAACAAUGGCACGAUUCGACUCCCUUUCAAAGUCGUGGGAAUCCACUCUCCUGAUACAGCUCUGGACGAGCCGAAUGACCCUGAACAAGCAGCCAGCCAGGUCGCCAGCCCAGCUUCAGAAGCCGUGACUCCCCUCUCAACGAGUUCUUCAGCGCCAACCGCCUCAUCCGUAUCAACAUCCGUGAUUCCCGAACCCGCGCCUGAUGCCGUGAUAUCCAUCUCACCUAUCGAAGCCUCUUCCGCUGCCGACCCCGAGGAACUGUCUCCCGCGCUCGUCGGGGUCGAUCCACCUGAGCCUGAACCUACCAGGCCAGUCGUGUCUGAUGAAAGUGAGAUGACACCAGAAGAGAAGACUUUCUGGGAAUGGUUCAAGUCAAAGCUGGAUAAGGUGAAGGGGUGGUUUGGGGAGCUGGUUAAGCCUGAGGAAGAUGCAGAAAAACAGGGGAGGGCGGCGUAGAAUGUACGAGGAUAGGUGUAUGAUAUUUGAUAGGCUAGAUUCCGGUUUUGGUGGACUUGGCGUUUGGAUUUUGGAGUCUGGGUCUGGGCUUGUUUUUUUGGGAGUCCUUCUAACAUUUGAUUCCCCAUAUUAGUAGAUAUUCUUUCUUUUGCUUCAAUGCCAUGGAUGAGCUUGUUGCUUAUCCUUUUACCAUCCAUGAUGAAGUUAGGCUAUCCCCCUCCACUGCCGUAUCAAACACACCUGUAGCGAGACCCUGUAACUAAGCGAAGAGCGCUAAGUUUCGUUGUCGUCCAGGCAGCCUUAGCGCCUGGCUUCAGCGCUUGGCGUCAGCGCUGUGCCCUG